CUCUGUUCACCUGCUCCCAAGUACCAGAUGCGGCAUUUCCCCAGUGUUUAGGCACAGGAGAACCAACCUCAUAUCCUCUACACGUCCUGCCCGCGGGUCGUUCGACUGAUAACGAAACAUCACUCCCAGCGGAGCAGAUUCCGUCGCUCGUCCCUCCCUGGUCCUGCUUUUCAAAGCACACGACCUCCCCCUCCGAUCUUGCCCAAGAUGAGUGGCCUCAGGUCCGUGAUGAAAGAUGGAUGGCAUCCCAAGGGUCGGGAUGGAGGGAAGGAAUCAUGGAGGGGUGAUUUCAAGGGGAUAAAUCAAGUGGCUGGCUGGAUGGGAAAAGGGCGAGAUCCCAACAAGAAAGACGGGGACGAGCAUAUGUCGCGGCCACUUUCCACCCUCAAAGAUCCGGCCUCGUUUGGCCCUCCGCCCAAAAAUGUCAACUAUCACGGCGGCGCUGCCUUACCCAACGAGAUUACACCACAGACGGGAGGAUGGGGUGCUCCCUUGACCCAAGAGCAGAUUUCAAGCGCAAGUCGGGCUGUCAGGACUCCUGAGGAAGAGGAGGAGGAAGAGCAGAAAAAUACAGGGCCCCCUUUACCCUAUCGUGCGGAUAGAACUGGACUCAAGACAGAUCACCUACCGCCGCCUCCCAUCCAUCGUGACUUGAACCGGUCACUCGAUGUGGUGGAAACGGCGCCGGCAAAACCAAAGCCAGGUCUACCCCCAAGGCUGCCUUCCCGACAGAACACGGGGAGCACACCCACUCCGCCGCCCGUCGUGAAUUCACCUCUUCCGACCACCGCUCCGCCGGCCUACGAUGCUGUCCCUGCACCUGCCCCUAGUGCACAAGGAAGCGCGAGUUACGGAAUCAAUCAAGCUGCCGUCAACAGGUUGGGAAAUGCAGGUAUUUCAGUGCCAGCUCUAGGUAUUGGGUCUGAUCAGAAUUCAAAUCCCUGGCACAACGAGCCAAGCCAAGCAAACGUCCCAAAGAGCCCACCUGUAGCCUCUCCACCACCCGUAAACCAGCUAUCAGAACUUCAAGCCCGCUUCGCCCGAAUGAAUUCGAACUCCAGCGCCGGACAGCAGUCAAACACCACACCUCCAUUCGUCACGCCCGCUCAAUCUCCCCCACCUGUCACCGCCAAUGCACCGCCCGUCCAACAAUCUCACGCACUACAGCCGCAGCCGCAACCGCAAAGCCAGGCACAAGGGACGACUUGGGCCGAGAAGCAAGCGGCCAUGCGUACAGCGCAAAAUGCGUACAAGGAUCCAGCAUCCGUUUCUGCUGCGGACGCCGGAUCCGCUGUGCGCACGGCCAACACCUUCCGAGAGCGGCAUCAAGACAGCAUCAGUGCAGCAGGCCUCAAAGCAAACCAGUGGAACAAGAAAUAUAACGUGACAGGGCGCCUCAACUCUUUUCUCGAGAAGCACAGUUCAUCGUCACCGACCCCGGAGGAUGCCCAAUCGCCUAAUGGUACCAAUGCAGGCGGAAAUGCUCCCCUGCAGGCCUCUCCGCCGAACCAGACUGCAGAGAUGGCCGCGUCGAUAUCGCGCAAGCCCCCGCCGCCUCCCCCGCCGAAGAAGCCGGCAAAUAUGCAUGGUAGCGUUGGAUCGAUGGGAGUGGCUCCGCCGCCGGUGCCACUGGGGACGAAGCCGAGUUACUCAUGAUUUGGGGAAUGAGGUGAGGUGCCCCCGGUGUUAUGAGUUCCAGCGUGUAGAUUUCGUAGCACAGAUAAGGGGCGAUCACAUAUUUACGUAGCAGAUUAAUAAUGGAUCUUCCAGAAUAAACUAGAUGUAUGGAUUGGACUUUAAUACAUACAGGAGUGAGUCCGUGGCCGCGGUUGGCAUUGGUUGGUUACUGUCAGAUCUAUACUACGGAUACAAGAAUGGGAGCAAGUAGGGAGGACGGCCAGCCAUGUGGGCGGCGCCCAUGGAUCAAGCUAUCUAGCCAUCCAGCCAGCCAGCCAGUGGGUGCAAACCGGUCCAGGGCGAGAAUGAAUUUCGCCUUCUCUUUUGC